AUGCUGCACCUUUGGAUAAUAGCCAUUCUUCUGGGAGCAAUUGAAGAUCCCUGAGCCACCAAGAUCUCCCAUUCUUCAAGGCUCUCAUUCCUUCAAACCCACUCCUUUUUAUGCUCUCGACAAUCUAAUGCUGCACCUUUGGAUAAUAGCCAUUCUUCUGGGAGCAAUUGAAGGAAAGGAGAUCUGUUUUAAAAGACUGGGCUGCUUUUCAGAUGACCCUCCUUGGGGGGGAAUACUUCAGAGACCCUUUAAAAUUUUACCCUUGUCUCCAGAAGCUAUAAACACCCGCUUCCUCCUUUACACUAAUGAAAACCCAAACAAGUUCCAGGAAAUCAAAGCACCAGAUCCACAAAUCAUUGGUGCCUCAAAUUUUAAAACCAACAGGAAAACCCAUUUUAUCAUCCAUGGAUUCAUAGACAAGGGAGAAGUCAGCUGGCUGACUGACAUGUGCAAGAAAAUAAUCCAGGUAGAAGAAGCGAACUGCAUCUGUGUUGACUGGAGAAAAGGGUCACGAACCUUAUACUCUAAAGCAGUAAACAAUAUUCGCGUUGUCGGGGCAGAAGUAUCAUAUUUCAUCAACGUCCUCUCGUCCGAACUGGGAUAUUCCCCUUCGAAUAUCCACAUCAUUGGCCACAGUCUGGGAGCCCAUACAGCUGGGGAAGCUGGGAAAAGGACCCACGGACAGAUUGGAAGGAUUACAGGGUUGGAUCCAGCAGAACCCGGCUUCCAAGGAACACCAGAAGAAGUUCGCCUGGAUCCAAGUGAUGCCAUGUUUGUCGAUGUGAUUCACACAGAUUCUUCCCCAUUGAUCCCCAAUAUGGGCCUUGGAAUGAGCCAAAUCGUGGGUCAUCUCGAUUUUUUCCCAAAUGGAGGAAAGCAGAUGCCAGGAUGUAAGAAGAAUAUCCUUUCGACAAUUGUGGACAUAAAUGGAAUCUGGGAAGGAACACGAGACUUUGCAGCCUGUAAUCACUUACGAAGCUAUAAGUAUUAUUCCGAGAGCAUAAUCAACCCUGAUGGCUUUCUUGGCUACCCUUGUGCUUCUUAUGAUGCUUUUGAGAAGAACAAAUGUUUCCCUUGCCCAGCAGAAGGAUGCCCAAGAAUGGGUCACUUUGCUGAUCGGUUCAAGGGUAAAACACGUCAAGUGGGACAGACCUUCUUUUUGAACACCGGAGAUGCCAAGAACUUUACCUGCUGGAGGUACAGAGUGUCAGUUACACUGAAUGGAACUAAAAAUGUAAAGGGAAGUAUAAAAAUUGCAAUUUAUGGAAAUAAAGGGAACUCAAGGCAAUAUGAUAUCUUCAAGGGUUCUCUCAAGCCAGGGGCAAAUUUUACCAAAGAGAUUGAUGUGGAGCUUAAUGUUGGAACAGUACAGAAGGUUAAAUUUCUGUGGUUCAACAAUGUAAUCAAUCUUGUACGGCCCAAGUUGGGAGCUUCAAAUGUCACAGUGCAAACUGGUGAAGAUGGAAUUGAGCAUCAUUUCUGCGGCAGUUACACAGUGAGGAAAAAUGUCCUACAAACUCUCUAUCCCUGUUAAACGUGUGCC